AUGAUGAAUCGAAAUCGAACGUCUGUGAACUCAUUUGACAACAACUUGUGGACGCAAGAUCCACGUUUUGGUGCAAAUUCCCCAAGAAAACUUUACAAUACAGGUCGACUACCGCAAACCUCACUAAUACAAAUGGCGGAUAGUGAACAGUGUGAAUCACCUUUGAAACUACAAGGUUGGUCGUAUGUCCACCUGUAUCGUGGUGUGAUUAACACUGCAGAUCGAUCUAUGAAACUUCUAAGGAAUGGUGAUGCAAAUGAGGCAAAAAAGUUUUGGGAAAGGGCAUGUCUUUUCUUUGACGAGUUGGAUAAACGUCAAAAUAUUUCAGAUAAAAAUAUCGCUGAAAUGAAACGACUGAAAGCCAUAUACAAAGAACAUGAGAAACAAAUCAAUCAAAUAAAAUAG